ACCGUGUCAACCAGUGCAGAACGCCAUGACGGCGACCCAUGGCUAUCUCGUGGCGUAACAUAUCUGGAAAAUAUAUAUACCUAGCGCGGUUACAAUCGGUGUUCUCUACGCUGUUUACACCAUCACGACAAUAUUUCUGUUAUAUAUCUCUCCUGGAAUAUCUCUGAGCAGAAGCUGCAAUGAAACACCAGAUGAAGCACACGCUGUUGUGUACAGUCAGCCUGCUUCUGUCUGCACGUUCAACACGUGCAUACACUAAAGGGGCACCGGAAAGAGCAUGCGCUGACAUGAUGCCGCGUCAUCAUACUCCCGCCCAAACAACAGACUCGCCCUUUGUGGUGCUGCUAGAGAAACACACGUACAGUCCAGGGGAGACCGUGGAAGUGACACUUGAGGGGCGGUGUGGGGAGCAGUUCGAGGGGUUUCUGCUGCAGGCACGCAGAGCCGACCCUGUCUACAACACCUCCGUGUACAUCGGCAGCUUUAUCCAAACAGCAACAACAUCACCUGUGUGCGAAAACGGAGACGGGGUACCGAGAGGGCUAACACAAACUGAGAAGAGUCCCAAGUCCAUUGUCAAGGCAACAUGGAGGGCGCCAUCAAAAGCCGCGGGACAUGUCAUAUUCAAGGCAAGCUUCGUGAAGGACUACAAGACGUUCUGGGUCCGGAUCAACUCCGCAGUACUGAUGGACCCCACGGCUGCCCCUCUCAGCGUUCCAGAGACGUCGCUUGAGUCCCCAAUGAUAGCGCCCUGUAGUACUUCUGAUGGAUCAACACCUGCUGAUUCAACACAGUCCACAUCUUCGGUGUCAUCUCAGUCGGUGGUUACAUCACCAGUAGUGCAUACAUCAGCACCUUCGGGUAUAUCACGUGACCGCGAGUGUGGAGUACGGAUGGGAUGUUUUGACGACUGUGACAAGGGAUGCACAUUCUCAGUCACGUGGGUACCAGAAAACAGCAACAUCCGGUUUCGUCUUAGGUCGCCUUCAUCUGGAGACUCGUGGAUGGCCAUAGGAUUCUCGAAAGACAAGAAAAUGGGCGAUGACAGCGUCAGUGAAUGUGUCGUGUAUGGUGGCGAUGUCGGGGUGUUCGAGUCGUACAACACAGGAAUAGUCAACCAACGGCUGGCUCAACCAAAACUGGGACUAAGCGACCCCAGGGGCUCAGUCAACGACGGCAUUUUCGACUGCAGCUUUUUGAGACAGACUGAUGGCUACGGUGAUGUGAAGCUGUUCAAUCUAACGCAGGACUGGCAUCUCAUGUUUGCUCGGGGCAAAGCUACAGUCGGUUUCAGAAAAAAGCCCCAUGUUCCCACGCCGGCAGUGACGUCAUCGCUGGUUGACCUCCAGGCGACCGACAGCGCCGGUACUACACAACUGAUAUACCCACUGGUUCAAGUCCAUGGUUGUCUAAUGUCAAUAGCAUGGCUCAUGUUUGCCAGUAUAGGACUUGUCAUAGCCAGGUACUUCAAACCCAUGUGGCCAGACAAGGACAUCCGGGGCCUGAAAGUAUGGUUCCAGAUACAUCGCAUGUGUAUGGGGCUGACAUUUGUUGCAACAAUUGCUGCGUUUAUCAUCAUCUUCAUAGAGGCACAAGGUUACAGCCACAUUAAUGGGGAAGAUUAUAAAAAAUCACACCCGAUAUUAGGAAUCAUCAUUACAGCGUUGGUCAUCAUUAACCCGGUGAUGGCAUAUGUCCGACCUGGACCUUCCUCGGAACGAAGACCCCCUCUUUAACUGGGCUCACUUUCUGGUCGGGACAGGGGCGUAUUGCCUGGCAGUGAUCACUAUCUUCUUCGGACUGAAGCUGAGCAAGUCGGGCGCCCCUGAUUACAUGGUGUACGUCCUAUCCAGCUACGUGGUCUGGCAGGUGAUCGUCGAGGUCAGCCUGGAAGCAUUGAAGUGUAUGUCCCAGCAGAAAGAUGCCACACAGCUUGACGUGAUUCCAAUGCAGAAUAAUGUCAACUCAGACCCUUCUGACAAGCCCUUGGACGCACCACAGGCUCAUUACGUGACCUUGAAGCACCUGCUACUGGGGCUACACGUGUUUGUUGUGACAGGCUUCACGGCAACAGUCAUCAUAGUGCUGGUCGCUGUCUGAGACAUCCAUGGCAGAUGUCGUCAUCGUUUGUCAAGUCAUCUAAUCAAACACAAACAUAUCUUAUACAUAUGCACGUUGUGACCAUUAUCGGACGUGGGAAAGGUCAUUUCAAUGAUGGGAAACAUUUGACAAAUAUAUCACAUACAUGUCAUUGCAAUGAUGGGAUAUGGUAAACACUGGACAGACAUUUUGUCAGUAGAAUGAUGAUAGGAUUAGAUACAGGAAAUGGAAAACGAUGCUAUUGACUUCUGAAAAUCGCAAUGCAUUGAACUGAUUGCCAUUGAAUUUGGCAGAACAUACAGGUGUCAUUUAUAUGACUAGAGUAGAUGCCACUGACCACAAUGGCGUCUGCAUGUUCCUCAGGUAGUAUUUUGGACUAUCUAAAUGCAUAGUUACGUGUACCAUUUUAACUUACUUUUGUCCACUUCACACAAAUGCCGAAAUUUGAUGUUCAGAAUUGCAGCCCUUGUCUAUAUCAGGAUCUGCUGCUCCUCGGUUCCAGGUGUCCACCUGAUGAAAUGAUCUUGGGGUUCUUCUACCCUUUUCCACACUUAUGGGUGUCAUGACGGGUGGAUGGCCAGUGUGAACAGGUUGUAUGGCGACCUGGGGACACCAAUGCAAAGUGCACUGGUUGCACCUCGUUGUGUGGGUGUUUUGGUGAUGGUGGUGUAGAUGUGCUGUUGGUGUUGUAGAUGUGGUGAUGGUGUUGUAGAUGUGGUGAUGGUGUUGUAGAUAUGGUUGUAUUGUUCUAGAUAACAUGCCACAGCAUGAUGAUUUGGGGUUUCACACAAGGGGUGUGAAAUAAAAAUGAUAUUGUGAAUCUGAAAUAAUUUGACCUAAUUUGUAUUACUGUCAGUGUCUUAAUAUGUAUUGAACAAGAUUAAAAUCCAAACAAAGUGUAA